AUGAACAAGAGGUUGUUAUCGCGUAAUGGAUGGGAUGUAGAGAUGAGCAUUGGGACACCGGAGAAACAAGUAAUGUACUCCGAUCAAUGGUCUACUCCGGCCAUUGGAACGAUGGCAAAUGUUGGGGCAGUGGCUAUGGAUAUAGGGCUGGUUAGCCGGUAUACAUUUGGGGAGAUCAUUGCAGCAACAAAUGGCUUGGCCGAUGAGAAUGUGAUAGGAAGGGGAGACUAUGGGGUGGUUUAUCAUGGAGUUCUAUUCGACAACACCAGAGUUGCAGUGAAGAAGUUGCUAUAUAAAAGGAGUAGAGCCAAAGAAUUUCAAAGCCAGGCAGAAGCAAUGUGGUUCAUUAGACACAAGAACUUGGUGAAGUUGCUUGGAUAUUGUACUGAAGGAGCAUACAGGAUUCUUGUUUAUGAAUAUGUUGAUAAUGGCAAUCUUUACCAAUGGCUGCACCACUGCAUAAGCAAAAUUAGCCCGUUGACAUGGAAUAUCCGACUGAAGAUUAUCAUAGGAAUUGCAAAAGGCUUGGCCUACCUUCAUGAGGAUACAGAGCCGGCGGUUUCUCAUAAAAACUUAAAAUCGAGUAACAUAUUACUCGAUCAACAAUGGAAUCCUAAGCUAACUGAUUUCGGGAUCACUGAUUUCUUAGGUCCUGAGUGGAGUGGUCACGACAUAGCUGUCCCUAUGGGAAUUUACACAGCACCAGAAUAUGCUCAAAGUAAAGUUCAAGAUGAGAAAAGUGAUAUUUACAGCUUCGGGGUACUUAUUAUGGAGAUUAUAUGUGGGAGAACUUCCAUAGAGUCAUCUGUGACUGAAAUAGAGGAAUAUUUGGUUGACUGGAUAAAAUUCAUGGUGUCAGAACAAAAAAUUGAGCUUAUAACAGAUCCCAAGUUGUCUGAACUGCCAUCAGUGAAGGAACUCAAAAGAAUUCUUCUCAUAGCUCUUCGAUGUGUUGAUCCAGAAGUCGAUAAUAGGCCUAAAAUCGGAGAAAUAAUCCAUAUGCUCGAGCCUCGUGAUUUACUACUCAGUGAUAAACGUGUUAUUAAGAGGGAGAUUUCUCGUCGUAAUUCUUUGAAAGAAGAUCGGUUAGCUCAAGUUACUUUUAUUUUAUCCAUCGAUUUCUCUUACACAAUAUCUAACCUUUUAUUGAUUUUGCCGGGGCCUUCUUUUCUCGCUAUGAUAUCAACAGGAGGGAAGGACAUGGUCAAGGUUAGCAUGGAGUGUGCUAAAGUACCAGCUGGUGUUAGAAAAGCCAAGAAGAAGCAGGUAAAGGAUGAGUUAGAUCGUAUUAAACAGGCCGAGAAGAAAAAGAGGCGCUUGGAGAAGGCUCUGGCGACAUCUGCUGCAAUCCGUUCUGAGCUGGAAAAAAAGAAGCAGAAAAAGAAAGAAGAACAGGAGAGGCUUGAUGAAGAAGGUGCUGCAAUAGCUGAGGCAGUUGCACUGCAUGUCCUACUUGGUGAAGACUCGGACGAUUCAUGCAAAGUUAUGCUGAAAAAGGAUGAGGAGCUUACCUCAUUGGAUAAUGGUAGCAACUUCGACAUUGUUAUGGGUGGACAACAAGCAAUGGUUCCUCAUCAUGAUCUAUCGACCUAUUUGCUCAAAGGAUCUGGCUGGGUUUCUGACCCUCAUGAAUAUAGGGGCAUGUUAAAUCACUGGGGCAAUUCCAACUUGAUCAUGCCAUCUGGGCUGCUGGGUAGAGAUUUAUACCCACAAUAUUUCGAAGAGGAAAGUUGGGACACUGCUAAUUUAUCUGCUGGUCUUCUUGCUUCUCAGGCUGUUUCAUCACUUCAGAUCACUGAUGAUGCACGGGUAGAUGCCUACAUCUUCAACCAGAUGUUAAGAGCCGUAAACUAUGUUGCAAUUUCUGAAGCACUCCAAGUCUCUCCUUCGGUUUUAGCUGCUGCAGAUAAUGUUAUUUGUGCAGUAUAUUUCACCACAUUGUUUGCAUUGGCAUUUAAAAUACCAGCCGAAUCUUCAACUUCAACUUCUGGCUUUGAACUUACUGAGGAAUCAGAACCUGGAAAUAAGCUUCCUGUACUGCAGACUGCAACGGCCCUUACUGCAUCCUUUCUUAUUUGCAAGAGUGCCGUAAACUAUGUUGCAAUUUCUGAAGCUCUCCAAGUCUCUCCUUCGGUUUUAGCUGCUGCAGAUAAUGUUAUUUGUGCAGUAUAUUUCACCACAUUGUUUGCAUUGGCAUUUAAAAUACCAGCCGAAUCUUCAUCUUCAACUUCUGGCGUUGAACUUACUGAGGAAUCAGAACCUGGAAAUAAGCUUCCUGUACUGCAGACUGCAGCGGCCUUUACUGCAUCCUUUCUUAUUUGCAAGAGUGGUAGUUUUCUAACAAAGUAUUUUGGCAUUCAAGGAGGUGGUCUUCCGGCCAUUACGGCUAUUGCUGUUAUUUUAGCAACUGUAUUUCCUAAUCAAUUUGCUUACCUUGCCCCUUCUGGUGAGGCUAUGGCAAUGAUAUUGAUGCAGGUAUUUUUCACGGUUGUGGGUGCAAGUGGGAGUAUUAGGAAUGUCAUAACUACAGCACCCAGUAUUUUCUUGUUUGCUCUAGUCCAGAUUUCUGUUCAUCUUGCCAUAAUCCUUGGAUUUGGAAAAUUGUUCAGGUUCGACGUAAAGCUAUUGCUUAUAGCAUCGAAUGCAAAUGUAGGAGGCCCAACAACAGCCUGUGGAAUGGCCACUGCCAAAGGUUGGAGUUCUUUAGUCGUCCCUGGAAUUCUUGGCGGUAUUUUUGGCAUAGCAAUUGCAACUUUUCUUGGCAUUGCUUUUGGACAAGCUGUUCUGAAAUUCAAGUAA